GGAACAUUUCCCAUUCGACUCCGAAUCGAAUAUGUUUAAUUUUAAAUGUAACGGCACUCUCGAAGAUUAUUAUAUUUUACUCCGAUUGGCAUAUAGUUUGGGUUUAACCCCGAUCGUUAACGUAACAACCCCAAAACUUGGAAAAUUUUAUAAAUAUUACGCAUCAUUACUUUUAUUGUUAAUUUUAAUAGGAGCUGGGAUUUCAUUUUCGGGGAGAAUUUUAAAUGUUUAUCCUAUAUUUCCAGUUACUAUUACUUUAGUCGAUGGGAUGUCGUUGAUUGUUUUAACAUUAACUAAUGUUGUAUCAAUUUAUAACCUUUCAAUCAAUAGAGUUGGUACAAAUUUAAUGGUAGAUUUUUUUGAAGGAAUGAGUUGUGUUGAUACGAAAUUGCAUAAAUAUUGCAAAAAAAUUGAUUUAAAGAGAUAUUACAUCGAAUUAAUAAUUGGUCACAUCUUUAUAAUAAUAUUUUAUAUAUAUGAUGGUUAUGUUUGGAUAAAAUAUCUUGGUAUAUAUCGUUUUAAAGCAUAUAUAUGCCGUUCGAUACAAAAUUAUAUAAAUUUCAUAACCAUGUUUAUGAUAAGAUAUUACGUUUUAACUAUAAAACUUCGUUUUCAUGGGUUAAACGUUUAUAUUCAAGAGUACGCAAAACAAAUUUUAUCGUCUCCAGUACAUAUAGUACAUCAACACUGUUUCGAUGAAGAAUUCGCAUCAUGUAAGCGACCAAUAUCCCAUAUUUACAAUGCAUUGUGUGAUCAAAUCAACGUUUUCAAUAAGCUUUAUGGUUUACCAACACUUUUACUCUCGUUAUACUUUAUAAGUGAAUUAUUAGUAUCACUCAUGCUAAGCAUUAUUUAUUAUUUUCAACGGCAUCAACACAUGGAUGGUUUUCACUUUGGUGUAGAUUUAUUUUGGUUGUGUUUCUUUUGGAUUAUUAAAGAUUUUGUUUCUUAUUUAAAAAUUAUUGCUCCUUGUGAUGGAACGAUCGGUGAAGUAAAACAAAUCCCUAUUGUUUGUUACAAACUUCUUCAUGAAAUUUCUGAUAAAUCAACGUUAAAUUAUCGCGAAAAAUGUUUACGAUCAGAAUUAACCUUAAUUGCACUUCAAUCAUCAACGAUCAUUCCAAAUUUUAGCGCAGCGGGGUUUUUUAAUAUCGAUUUUACAACGUUUUUUACAUUAAUGGGAUUUGUUACAAGUUAUUUGGUGGUGUUAAUACAAUUUAAUGGAAAUUGA